CCACCUCCCGUAGCCAAUGGAGCUCCACGCCCUGAUGGUUCACGGGGGCCACGACAGCAACUGCGGUACAUGAUGCAACCUCGGAGUCGAGGAAGCUGCGGGUGCGUGGUGAGUUGACGAGGAGGCGGCGGUAUUGAAGGUGAUGUCCUUGAAAGUGACCAGGGCUACCGCAGUGAUGGUACUAGGAGAACUGUAUGUCUCAGAUCGAGAAGGAAAUGAUGUUACUGGCGAUGGAACCAAGGAGAAACCUUUUAAAACAGGGCUAAAGGCUCUGAUGACAGUAGGAAAAGAACCGUUUCCUACCAUUUACGUAGAUUCGCAAAAAGAAAAUGAGAGGUGGGAUCUUAUUUCGAAAUCACAGAUGAAGAACAUUAAAAAAAUGUGGCAUAGGGAACAGAUGAAGAAUGAAUCCCGGGAAAAGAAAGAGGCAGAAGACAGUUUGCGAAGAGAAAAGAACCUGGAAGAAGCGAAGAAGAUUACCAUUAAAAACGACCCUAGUCUUCCAGAGCCAGAAUGUGUGAAGAUUCAUGCAUUAGAAGCCCACAGAGGCCAAAGAGUAAAGGUAUUUGGCUGGGUCCACCGGCUGCGUAGACAAGGAAAGAAUUUAAUGUUUUUGGUGCUGCGGGAUGGUACGGGUUAUCUGCAGUGUGUCUUGUCAGAUGAGCUGUGUCAGUGUUAUAACGGGGUGGUCCUGUCCACUGAGAGCAGUGUUGCCGUGUAUGGAACUCUAAAUCUCAUGCCAAAGGGCAAACAGGCUCCAGGGGGCCAUGAGCUGAAUUGUGACUUCUGGGAACUAAUUGGGUUGGCCCCUGCUGGAGGAGCUGAUAACCUGAUCAACGAAGAGUCUGAUGUGGACGUCCAGUUAAACAACAGACACAUGAUGAUCCGAGGAGAAAACAUGUCCAAAAUCUUAAAAGCACGGUCCUUGAUCACCAGGUGCUUUAGAGACCACUUCUUUGACAGGGGAUACUGUGAAGUCACUCCCCCAACGUUAGUGCAAACACAAGUGGAAGGUGGCGCUACACUCUUCAAGCUUGACUAUUUCGGAGAGGAGGCGUUUUUGACGCAGUCCUCUCAGUUGUACCUGGAGACCUGCCUCCCGGCUUUGGGUGAUGUGUUCUGCGUAGCCCAGUCUUACAGGGCAGAACAAUCCAGGACACGCAGGCACCUGGCAGAGUACACUCACGUUGAAGCAGAGUGCGCUUUCCUGACCUUUGAGGACCUUCUGAACCGACUGGAGGACUUGGUUUGUGAUGUGGUGGACAGAGUCUUGAAAUCACCCGCAGCAAGCGUAGUAUAUGACCUCAACCCAAACUUCAAACCCCCAAAACGGCCUUUCAAACGGAUGAACUAUUCAGAUGCCAUUAUGUGGCUAAAAGAACACAAUAUAAAGAAAGAAGAUGGAACUUUCUAUGAAUUUGGAGAGGAUAUCCCAGAAGCUCCUGAGAGAUUGAUGACAGACACCAUUAAUGAACCAAUAUUGCUGUGUCGAUUUCCUGUAGAGAUCAAAUCCUUCUAUAUGCAGCGAUGUCCUGAGGAUUCCCGCCUCACUGAAUCUGUUGACGUGUUGAUGCCUAAUGUUGGUGAGAUUGUGGGAGGCUCAAUGCGUAUCUGGGAUAGUGAAGAAAUGCUGGCAGGCUAUAAAAGGGAAGGGAUUGACCCCACGCCCUAUUACUGGUAUACAGAUCAGAGAAGAUAUGGAACAUGUCCUCAUGGAGGAUAUGGCUUGGGCUUGGAACGAUUCUUAACGUGGAUUCUGAAUAGGUAUCACAUCCGAGAUGUAUGCUUAUACCCUCGAUUUGUCCAGCGAUGUAAGCCAUAACCAAUUCCUCCUGAAGCAUUAGGAGAGAACAUGGUUCAUGAAAGAAACAGACUGCGUCUUAAAAAAAAUGUCAAAAUCUUCCUCUUUUUGUUCCUUUGGGGUAUAACUUUCUGUUUUCUCUUUCUGUUUUCUUUUCCUACUACCAUAAAAAGUAGUCCAAAUUACUUGAACAUCAAGUGACAUUCCUGUUGUCAUUUUAAGAAAACAACUGUUACAAAAUUUGGUGAAAAUAUGUGGCAUGUAACCCUGAGGAUAUGGAUUCUUUUCACCCUUUGGUAUCCAAGUACACCAUGUUUUUUUUUUAAUUAGAGUUUUUACUGAAGUUCUAAGGCAUCCCAGUAACUUAAUCUUUCUGUGCUUUUAAGUGUAACUGAAAUUUAGUUUAUAUCGUUUUACUCUAUCAAUGAGUUAAAAAUCCGGGGAUAAAAAUUGACAAAAAGGUUGUGAAUAUUUGCUAAUUUUAGAAUAGGAUAUAAUUCAGCAGUAGAUACUGGGAUCAAAUUAAUACAGUCUUUUGCAUCAGUUAUUAAUAUUUUCUAAACCUGUAUAGCUGCUUAGAAUUCUGAUGCAUAUGAAUGAUAUGGAAGAAUUUGUAAAAAUGGAAUUGUCUUAAAGAAUUUAAAGUAAGAGCAUGAUUCUUAUUUGGUAGUUAAAUGAUUCACAGCUCUCUUAGCAUUGCUUUAUGCUAAAGAGGCAGACUUAUCUUCCUAAGUAAUUAAGAAUAAAUGAGUUCUAAAAGAAUUUGUAGCUGGAAUCUUAAUGACAACUGUAAGUGGUGUUUGAGUUUUCCCCACCCUGUUCUCAGAUCUAAUCUGUGUUACCUUAUUAACUCACAGCAGGCUUAUUGAAUGAUUUCAUCUCAGAUUUAGUUAAUUUCUCCCCCAAAAUGCAUGUCAUGUAUUCUCAAUAGGCUAUAUUUCCAGCAAUCAAUAAAGGGACAUACAUAAAAUCA